AAAAAUAAAAAAAAAAAAACAUUUUUAAAAAUUUUAAAAUUUAAAAAGAACAAUAAGUCAGCUUUAAUAAUUUAAAAUAAUGAGCUGCUUUGAAGAAAUGAAGAACAUGAUAAUUAACUUUACCAACAAACUGUGAAAAAAGUGAAUUUAUUAUUAUCAUUGUUGUUGUUUAAUUAAAAAAGGAGCAAAAAAUAAUUAAAUCAUAAUGAUGUCAAUAAAAUUAAUUAUCAUUAUAAUUGAAAUAUUUUUUUAUAUUGAAUAUGGAUUGUCAAUGAAUGAAUCAAAUAUAUUACGUUUAGGUAAAUCAUUAAAACCAAAAAUUGAAAUAACAAUUAAAAAUAUUGAUGAUGAUAAUAAUAAUAAUGAUACUGAUAAUAUAGAUUUAUUAAAACCAAAGGGUCGUUCAAUAUCAUUUAGUAAAAAUAAUCCAGAGUUAGAUUGGAAAAAAUACUUGAAAAAUGUUGUUGAUAAAAAUGAGGAAGUGCCACGAGAUCUUGACCUAGAUUUUAUGAGUGAAAAAAUUGUAUCAAAUGGAAAUAGUAUACAGUGGUUAAAUGAUUUAUAUGAUCCUUUAAAAUGGAUUCGUGUACCUGGUAUAUUAACUGAUAAUUGUCGUAAUGACAUGGAAGGAUUUUUAUUUGCAUUAAAAAAUGGAAAAUUAUGGGCAGCUAAAAUGUCAGAUGCAAGUGGACGUUACAGUUCACAAUUUCAUUUUGGUAAUGGCUUUUGGCUUGGUUCAAGUACACUUUGUAAAGAACUCAAUAAUACUGGUGAUGAUGGACUAUCUGGAAUUUCUGGUAUUGAUGUACCACCAUAUAAAGUGAGAUUUCAUGUUGCAAGAAUGGGUCUUAAUUUACCAAGUGAUAUUGAGCCCUCGACAAGACAAAUAUUUUUGGGUCUAUGUUUACCAGCAACAUGUGAAAGAAUAUCAUUAAUAUCAAUGCUCAGAGCAAGUGCUGAUCGUGUUGAACAAGUUGGUAACUCAACUCAUCAUUCAAUUGGACCAAAGAUAACAAUUGUCGCUGUUAAACCAGUACCAUCAAGUAAUUAUUCCGCUUGGGAUGAUCCAAAAGUUUAUGUUCUUGAAGGAAUUGCUGGUGUUAUAUUAUUUUUAAUGUUAUUAGCAACAAUGUUUGACUAUAAAAGAUUAAAAUCAAUACCCGAUAUUGAAUCAACAUCAUUAGAUGCUGCAAAUAAUAAUGAGAAAGGUGUUUAUAUUGAUAAAAAUUUUACUGAAGGCAGAAGAAUAUCAAUGAUUCAAGAUAAUGGCAAAGAAUUAAUUGAUAAAAUAAGAAGAGAAUCAAUACAACAUGCAAUUGGUGUCAAGCGCCAGAGAAACAGAGGUUUUUGGAUGAGAUGUUUGAUGUCUUUUAGUCCAAUUGAAAAUGGUAGUAAAAUAUUAAGUACUGAGCCAGCAGCACGUGACAGUUUAACUUGUCUUCAUGGUCUUCGUGUAUUAUCAUUAGGCUGGGUUAUUGUAGUUCAUACUUAUCUUCAAGUAUUUUCAAUAGCAGAAAACAAAACCCUACGCACAGUCACCGAGAGGAAUUUUAUGUUUCAAACAAUAAGUAAUGCAACAUUUUCAGUCGACACAUUCUUCUUUAUCAGUGGAUUAUUAGUGACAAUAUUAUUUUAUCGAUCAAUGGGAACUUCUAAAAUUGAAAAACGUAAUUUUUUUAAAUCAAGUUUUAGUAAAUUUUUCAUUAUGGUACUCUACAGAUUUAUCAGAUUGACACCAGCCUAUCUAUUUGUCCUAGUUGUUAAUGAACUUUCUAUAAAACAUGCACAAGCACGAACAGUAUUUUCACCAGUUAUUAUUGAUCAUGUUACUUGUGAAAAAUUUUGGUGGCGAAAUGUUCUUUACAUUAAUUCACUGUAUCCACGAACGGAAAUGUGCAUGAUGUGGAGUUGGUACAUGGCAAAUGAUACACAAUUUUAUGUACUUGGAAUACUUUUGCUUUUGUUAUCAGUAAAAUAUUUUAAAACUGUUGUAGCAAGUAUAAUUUUUUUAAUGAUUACAUCAUGGAUAACGACAUUUUCAAUUGCCUACAGUAAUGAUUAUAUUGCCAGAAUUCAAGAACCAUUUGCAUUAUUUGAUGAACUUUAUGACAAACCAUGGCUCAGGGCUGGACCCUACUUUGUCGGUAUUAUUACUGGAUGGUUGCUUUUCAAGACAAGUUGUAAACUUCAUACACCUGGUUGGUUUAAAUUUAUUGGAUGGAUUGCAAGUACUGGAACAAUGAUUGGUGUUGUAUAUGGUCUUUAUCCAGAUAAUUUAACAGUAACAACAUCAUCAAUAUAUGCUGCAUUUGGUCAUACAGCAUGGGCUAUUAGUAUAUCAUUUAUUGUCAUACAAUGUUGUACUGGAUCAGCAGUAAUUGUCAAUAGUUUACUUUCAUUACGACUCAUGUAUCCACUAUCAAGACUCACAUAUUGUGCAUACUUGGUACAUCCAGUUUUAAUGAUGAUAAUAAGUACACAAAUGGAUGGUCCUCUUCAUCUUCACAAUGGCAUUGUUUUGAUUGUAUAUUUUGGUAAUUUGGUUGCAUCAUAUUUAUUGUCAUUUUUUUUAUCAUUGGCAUUUGAAGCACCAGUUGUGAAUUUAUUAAAAAUUGCAUUUUCUACGCAUAAACGAACGAGAUAAAAAAAAAUUUAAAAGAAAAAUUAAGACUUUAAUUGAAUUUAGUAAAUGAAAUGCAAAUGAACUUGCAAAAAUUUACAUAUUGUAGAAAAUAAUUGAGAAAAAUAUUAAAAGUGCCGAUAAAAAUUUAUGAAAAUAUUAAAUAUUAAAUUAAUUAUUUACGAUAUA